AUGUUUUCGCUGUGCAAACAAACCCGUAUACCAACUUGCGUGGAGCAUGCUGUUUAUUGUUACUUCUUCAAUCGUGUAGAAAAAUGUCUGGUGGUGGCCGGUGUUAACAUUCUACGGGUCUACCGAUUGGUACCAACUGAUACGACUUGUCAGCCACCUAAAACCAAAUUUGAAUGUCUGGCCCAAUACACGUUGUUUGGUAAUAUAAUGUGCCUGCAAUCUGUAACAUUGUGUCCGAGUUCUCCAGAUGCUUUAUUACUUAGCUUCUCUGAGGCCAAGUUCAGUUUGGUUGAGUAUGAUCGUGACAUGCACAGUCUACGUACAUUGUCAUUACAUUAUUUCGAAGAUGAUAAAUUCAAAAAUGGCCAUACUCAACAUUGGAGUCCACCAUUGAUUAGAGUAGAUCCAGAUGGUCGAUGUGUAGUUGGUUUAGUUUAUGGGAGUUAUUUUGUUGUUCUACCAUUUGGCCGUACAAUCGAUGACAAUGCUAAAAGUGCUCAAGUUAUGCCUAGCUAUACAAUUCCGAUAUCUAAAAUAGAUCCCAAGAUGAAUAAUAUUAUGGAUUUUGAUUUUUUACAUGGAUAUUAUGAACCAACUUUACUUAUUCUCUAUGAGCCAGUUAAAACUUUUGCUGGACGUAUAGCAGUAAGGAAAGAUACGUGUGCAAUGGUGGCUAUUUCACUAAAUAUUCAACAGCACGUUCAUCCAGUAAUUUGGUCUUUGGAUUCACUUCCAUAUGAUUGUCAAAAAGUAAUUGCUGUAUCUCGUCCAAUAGGCGGUGUUCUAAUUAUGGCUGUUAAUUCACUAAUCUACCUCAACCAAAGUGUACCUCCAUUUGGUGUUGCUCUUAAUUCCAUAGCCAAAACAUUAACCAAUUUUCCUUUGGGACAGCAAGAAGACAUUAAUCUUGUUUUGGAUCGUGCUACUGCCACAUUUAUAUCAAGCGAUAAGCUUGUGACAUCACUAUGUAACGGUGAUCUCUAUGUGAUCACACUGUAUGCCGAUAGCAUGCGUGCAGUUAGAAGUUUUCAUUUUGAAAAAUGUGCUUCAAGUGUUUUAACUACAUGUAUAACGGUAUGUUUAGAUUCCUAUUUGUUUCUUGGGUCUAGACUUGGAAAUUCAUUACUUUUAAGAUAUUAUGCGCGGUCUCAAAGCAAUGAUGACGAACCCAGCAUAAAGCGUAAAAAAACUGACGAAACUGAUGAAGACCUCGUUGAACUAGAAGUAUAUGGCAGUGAAGUACAGACAUCGAUUUGUUUAGAAAGUUAUAGUUUUGAAGUAUGCGAUAGUAUUAUAAAUAUAGGACCAUGCAGUCAAGCAUCUAUAGGAGAGCCGGCUUAUAUAUCAGAUGAAUUUAGUAGUGAUGAACACGAUGUAGAAUUAUUAUGUACAUCUGGUCAUGGCAAAAAUGGAGCAUUAAGUGUACUUCAUCGUUCCAUUAAACCUCAAUUAGUCACUACGUUUCAUUUAGAUGGUUACAAAGAUAUGUGGACUGUUCAUGGCGAAAAUGAUUUUCAUACAUUUAUGAUAUUAACAAAUGUAGAUUCAACUUUAAUUCUUCAAACUGGACAAGAAAUCAAUGAAUUAGAUUCUUCAGGUUAUGCUACACGUGAGCAUACAGUUUUUGUAUGUAACAUGAAUAAAUUUGUUAUACAAGUUUUAAGGUAUUCUGUAAGAUUGCUUAAUGGUUCUGAACAAUUGCAAAGUGUUUCCUUGGAUUUUGGCUCUCCGAUAAUACACGGAUCGAGUUGUAAUCCCUAUGCUGUAUUGCUGACUGAAGAUGGACAAGUAAUAGUUCUAACUGUAAAACCCACAGGAAGGAUUUUACUCAUGCGACCUACUAACUUUGAACAAAUACCACAAACAAAGACUCUGGCUGUGUACCGUGAUGUAAGUGGCUUAUUUUCAAGCACUAUGCCUCAAGCCGAGAUCCCAUUGGUUGGUCCAAAAUUACAGCAUGAUCAUUUUGUCAGUGAUUCUGUGGAAGACGAAGAAGAGAUGUUGUACGGUGAUGCAAGAGAUCCUUCCUCUAGAGAAACACCCCAUAAUUCAGUUUCUAACAAAAACACUAUGUGGUGGUUAAAGUUCUUAGAAGUACCAACACCAACAUACUGGGUUGUUUUAACCCGAGACAAUGGAUAUAUGGAAAUUUACACCUUACCUGAUUUUAAAAUAAAAUAUAGAGCAGCCAACAUAGAUGAAUCACCUAUGAUUCUUAAAGACAGUUUAGAAGAAGGUUGUUAUUUCCCUAAAAAAACUGAAAUAAUAAAAGAAAUUUUGAUAGUACCAUUAGGAUAUCAAGACAAACGACCUAUUAUGUUUGUUAGAUUAGAUAAUGAGGUGGUUAUUUAUGGUAUACAUCGACACCCGGAAGGUACAUUAAAGAUGCGUUUUCAUAAAAUGACUUCAUUGCUAACAUUUCAGUCAAGAUCUGGUAACCCCCUGGAAGGAACUUCAUUGCUACGUUAUUUCAGUAAAGUAGCUGGUCAUAACGGUGUUUUUAUCUGUGGACAAAAUCCUCAUUUAAUUUUACUCACUGUAAGAGGCGAACUACGGUGUCAUCCUUUACAUAUAGAUGGGCCAAUUAUGUGUUUCGCUCCUUUUCAUAAUGUUAAUUGUUCACAAGGUUUUCUGUACUUCAAUUCUGAUCACAAGUUAAGAAUUUCUAUUUUGCCUACACAUUUAUCAUAUGAUGAACCUUGGCCAUUAAGAAAGGUUCCACUUCGUAAAACACCACAUUUUAUAGCUUACCACUUGGAAACAAAAACUUAUUGUGUGGUUACUUCUUCAUCUGAACUUUCUGCAGCAUAUUAUCGAUUCAAUGGCGAAGACAAAGAACUGACUACUGAAGAACGUGAUCCUCUGUUUCCCCUACCCAGUCAUGAAGUGUUUACGUUGGAGCUGUUUUCCCCUGCCUCUUGGGAACCGAUACCAGAUACAAGCAUUGAGACUGAAGAUUGGGAGCAUAUUACUUGUUUGAAAAAUGUUGCCUUAGCAUAUGAGGGAGCUCGUAGUGGUCUCAAAGGUUAUAUAGCAAUGGGUACAAAUUACAGUUAUUCAGAAGACAUCACUAGUAGAGGGCGUAUAUUUUUAUUUGAUAUUAUCGAUGUCGUCCCAGAGCCUGGUAAACCGUUAACCAAAAAUAAAAUAAAAAUGAUAUAUGCUAAAGAACAAAAAGGUCCUGUAACAGCUAUUACUCAUGUAGUUGGAUUUCUGGUGACUGCUGUGGGCCAAAAAAUUUAUAUUUGGCAGCUCAAAGACAAUGAUUUAAUUGGUAUAGCAUUUAUAGACACUGAAGUCUAUGUCCAUCAGAUGUUAAGCAUUAAAAGUUUAAUAUUAGUUGCUGAUUUGUUCAAGUCCAUUACACUCUUGCGAUUUCAGGAAGAAUACCGUACAUUGUCUUUAGUAUGUCGUGAUUCCAAACCAUUGGAGGUAUUUGAUAUUAAUUUUCUUAUUGACAAUUCUGAACUUGGUUUCAUGGCUUCGGAUAGAGAUCAAAAUUUGCUUCUCUACCUUUACCAGCCAAUGGCUCGUGAAAGCUAUGGUGGCCAACAUUUAGUUCGCCGUGGCGAUUUUAAUAUAGGGUCUAAUGUAAAUUCAUUCUUCAGACUUCGCUGUAAACAAUCGACAGUGGCAUCUGAUCGGCGAGAGGCUAUUGGCUCUGAUAAACGACAUGUGACCAUGUACACCACCUUGGAUGGUUCAAUCGGAUAUAUUGUACCGAUACAUGAGAAAAAUUACAGAAGGCUGUUAACAUUACAAAACAUGUUAGUGAAGAAUAUAACACAUCUAGCUGGAUUAAACCCAAAAGCUUAUCGCAGUUUUAAAGCAACUGCUCCUGAGAGAAUGAAUCAAGCUAGGAGAGUAAUUGAUGGUGAGCUUGUAUGGAUGUAUGUGACGUGUAUGAAUGCUAGACAGCGUAAUGAAAUUGCCAAUAAAGUCGGUGUAAAGACAAUAGAGUUGUUACAGGACAUAUAUGAACUAGACCGGACCACUUGGCAUUUUUAA